UCCUGGUCCAAGGAGAAAAUGGAUGGCUCUGGAAGAGAGUGUGGCCUUGCUUUGGGAGUAGGGAAUGAACGCUCCCCUGGGAUGACAGGGGCAGGGGUGAGGGCUAUGCAGGCCUCACUUCCUUGCAUCAUCUCCCCUAGGGUGGAUGCCUUCUGAGCCCUGCCUGCUCCCCCAGGUCUCCUUCCUUUAUUCUCUGCCUGGGCCCCAGAUGCCCCCCAGAGUGAUUUGCUAACUCUGGACACCCAUGGCUUGUUCAGUCCACCUGGUCUGUGAGCCAUAUUAAGGGCAAUUAUCCUAAAAGCAACCGGAAACCAGAGGCAACCCUAGCAGGAACUGGCAGCGGUCAGACUAAGGUGCUGGGAUCUGAUGGGUGAGAUGAGGGAGGAGGAAGACAAGGAGGUGUAAUCAGAGCCUGGUCAUCUGUCCACCUGCAGGCUUGUCUGUGCCAAAGCCUCUUGCACUGAAUGGCCUGAGGAACAGGGUCUUUGUCCCCAGGAAAUCCAGGUGGAGGUAAGAACCAGCUGGGAGGAUUUUGUGGCCUCCCACACCCAGGGCCUGGCUCUUCCCCUUGGGCCCAGAAGUGGGAGGGUGCUCGAGCAGUGUAGCUGACAAAUAAAUACCAAGUGAUUUUGAGGAAGCAGUUGAUACAUCCACACAGGCCCCAUGAUGCUGGAGAUGCUGUUGCUGCCUUACCCCCUGCUGGGGCUGCUCCUGCUGACCCUGCUGGGGGCCGCCCUGCUGGGGGCCGCCCUGCUUUCCAGGCAGCGAGCUCCAGCACGGAACAAGAUCCCCAGGGCACAGAGGCGCAGGGAGGUGGCGCUGCAGCAGAUGGCAGCCCUGGCACAGCGUCUCCGGGAGCAGGAGCCAGGCCUGGACCCCAAGCCCAUCCUGGCGUUGCCCCUGGUGGAGCUGGCUCAGAAGCUGCAGGCGGAAGAGCUGAGUCUGGAGAGUGUCCUCUGUAGCUACUUAGAGGAGGCGCUGAAGGUGCACCAGGAGGUGAACUGCCUGACAGAUUUCCUGGAAGAAUGUGAGGAACAACUGCAGGCAUUGAAGAAGCUCAAGAAGAGUGAGAGAGGCCUUCUCUAUGGGGUCCCCAUGAGUCUCAAGGACCCCUAUGACUGCAUGGGCCAUGACUCUACGUGUGGCCUGGCACAGUUCCUGGAGAAGCCAGCGGCCAAGGAUGGGGUCCUUGUGAAAGUGCUGAAGGCCCAGGGGGCUAUUCCCUUCGUUAAGACCAACAUCCCCCAGUCAAUGCUCAGCUUUGACUGCAGCAACCCCAUCUAUGGACAGACCCGGAAUCCUUUGAACUUAAAGAAGACCCCUGGAGGGUCUUCGGGGGGUGAAGGAGCUCUGCUGAGUAAAGGGGGUUCCAUCCUGGGCAUGGGCACCGACACAGGGGGCAGCAUCCGCAUACCAUCCAGCUUUUGUGGUGUCUAUGGCCUCCGGACCUCAAGAGACCGCCUCAGCUACACAGGAAUUGCCUCUGCUGUGAAGGGCAAGACAUCAGUGGCCACCGUGGCUGGCCCCCUGGCCCGGGAUGUGGACAGCCUGGUGUUGUGUCUGCGAGCCCUGCUGAGUGAAGACAUGCACCAGCUGGACCCCACUGUGCCUUUCAUGCCCUUCAGGGAGGAGAUAUACUCCAACACCCGGCCCCUUCGAAUUGGCUACUAUGAAUCAGAUGGCUUUUCUCAACCAUCUCCUAGCAUGGCCAGGGCUGUGAGGCUCACCUGCAGACUGCUCCAGGAUGCAGGACAUGAGGUCAUUCCCUUCUCCAUCCCCCGGAUAGAGUAUGCCAUGCAAAAGCUCUACACAGGGGGUCUGUUUGCCGAUGGAGGGGCCACACUUCUCGAGAAGCUUGAGGGAGACAUUGUGGACCCCUCCAUGAAGGCAUUAGUCACCGAGCUCCGCCUGCCAGACCUGCUGAAGUGUAUCUUGGCCAGGAUCCUGAAGAAGAUAGAGCCCCGAACUGCCCAGAAUUUGGAAAUGAUUCGUGGAGUGAAAAGAUCCUCCCAAUCUGCCCUUUGGACUUCCCAGUGUCUUCCUCAUUCCUCCAGGACACCCAAGAAACUGUGGGAGCAGCACACAGCAGUGCAGGAAUAUCAGCAAGAGUUCAUAGCCAAGUGGAAGUCCUUGGACCUGGAUGUGCUGCUGUCGCCAUCUCUGGACCCUGCCUUCUAUAUAGGCUAUCCUGCCAAAGCAUCAGCUAGCAGCUCUUACCACAGCCUGUACAAUAUGUUGGACUUCCCUGCUGGCGUGGUGCCCGUCACCACUGUGACGCUACAGGACGAGGAGGAACUGGCCUUCUACAAGGGAUACUACGGAGAUAGUAAUGACAGAAACUUCAAGGAGGCGGUGGAAGGAUCCGUGGGGCUCCCAGUGGCUGUGCAGUGCAUCACUUUGCCAUGGGAAGAGGAACUCUGUCUUCGGUUCAUGAAGGAGGUGGAGACCUUGACCAAGAACCAGACGGAACCCAGAUGAGAAGCUAUUUCUUUUGGAGAUCUUCCUACAUCCUUAUCCAAGUCUGUUCCCAAUGCCCCUUCCUUCUCAUGAGUGCCAUAUCCACCUCCUAUCUCCUCUGGGAAGCCCACCAUAUUCCUUUUCUUUGUAGUUUUUUCUGUCCUUGUAGGUGCUUCAUCGGUGGACUCAAAGCCACUCAAGAUGGGGAUCAGGGUGAAGGGCUCAAUAAACAUUUCUUACUGGCCA